UAGGAAUGGAGCCACCUCAACUUAAAUGUUGUCUUUGGCCUGUGAUAGGGAUAAAGUGGUGGGUUGAACGAUAUACCAGUGAUCCUUCUGGUCUAAUAUGACGAAACAUACACAUUCGGAGAGUUUGGUUGUAGGUAAAGAUUCAGGGCGACUAAUUCUACACAGAUGGAACGACUUUGCGGAUCCUGCGGAGGAUUCCUUGCAAGAAAUGCUACCAGCUGCUGCCCAGAAGAAGGAAAACACAUCAUUUCUUGAAGAAGAGGAGAGGGAAGUUGAUACGAUUAAUGUUCAGGUACUGGGAGAAUUCUAUUCCAGAGGGAAAAUUAGUCGAGCUGGCGGAGGAUAUUGGGAGUAAGGUAAAAAGCUGAUUGAAUUUGCAAUUGGAUGGUAGACACUAUUCUUUUCCAGAAUUAUAGCUUCUGAAAAACUGUUGGUCUAUCGCGUGUCGUGGGUAAAUUUUAACUCAGAUUGGAUUUGGUCGCAUCUAAAUUAAUUAUAUGACAAAUACGUUCAGAAAAAGUGACCAAUCACAUAACAAUUAUAUCAUACUUGCUCUGUGAUUUAUUUAAUUAGAUUGGACCUGAUUUGGGUAAUUUUACGGUGUAGUGUAGUAGUCUGAAAACGAUUUCGUUGAUGUUAUGCACAGACUACAGGGAGAUCUAGUCAACAAUUAACAAAAUCGCGUAUGUAUAUUCUAAAGUCAAAGUUCUUGAUGAUUGAACGGAUUAUCUUAAUACAACGCGUGAAUCUUCAUCAAUACUCAACCAUGUUACCCCAUGUCAACCAUAGUACCCUGAAUCCCAUUUCCCAGUUGUUUCCUCCAAUUUGUUGCAAGUAUCAGUCCCUCAUGGAACUCCAUCUGACCCCAAGAAAGCAAGAAAAAGAAACAAAAAAAUGGAGAUUCCAGCAUGGGCGUAUUACUUCAUCUGGGCUACCAUCGGCGUCGUCUCCUCAAGACUAGGAUUCAAUGCUUUAGACAAAAUAGACCUCUCGAACUCUAUCUCCCCACUGGUUCUUUCUAUCUUCAAGCACUCUCUAGCUGUCUCCGCCUGCUACUCAUCCAUCCACCCUUUCCUGUUUUCUCCACCCUUGAAGCCCAUCAGCAAAUGUGUCAUUCUUUUCACUAUCAUAAUUUGGAUCACAAUCUAUUACCCUGGUGCAUCUCUCCCAUUAUGGUAUUUCUUGAUGUUCACCUGGUAUAACUUCAUCUGUUUCUGUUUCGCCAUGUUUGAUCCAAGACUACCCUCCACCUUAAUCGGCUCCGGGUGCAAAUCCGCAUUUAUCGUCCACUUAGUUGUCGGAUCAUCAAUGGUCUUAGUCGGCGACCAGAAAAAAUUCUUCCGUUGUUCCGUCCCCAGCAUUGUGCUUCUCUUAUCCUUCUCCUGCCUGGCCACGUCCGAGAGCGAAACCUUUCAUAAACUGCUGUCGCUAGCCACCAGGGCGAGCGGCAUUCUGUCGAGGUUGAAGGAGAGGAAUAGGGAGUUCAUUGAAUUUGCAGUUGGGAUGGUGGGCACUAUUCUUUUCCAGAACUUCUUCAAAUUAACGUCGUUCAAUCAUGUCGUCGCGUUUCUCUACUUCACUGUGACCUGGCUGGCUAAUCUUGCGCUGGUUCGUCCUUCCGAUGAUCACGGGAUUUUUGGUUUUCUGCUGACCAAUGUGAUCGUGGGGUGUACGGUGAGUCAGUUCGGGCUCCGGGGCACUACAUGGCUUGUGUACGGCGCUUCUCUUCUCCUCUUCGGUCUGCGUGUCAAGAUCCAGGCACUGCCCCUGGUUUUUAAUGAUAGAGAACAACAGGUUAUUGUGUGGUCAAAUUGGGAGUGAAGGAACUUUUUGGAUGAGUGUAGCCUAUUUUUAGAAGGAUAAAUUCUAAUUUAAAUUGUGUUGGGUUAACUAUUAUAAUAUAUUUGUUGUACGAU